UCUGCCAGGGGUGGGAGAACCCAGGCGUCCGCCCCGCCCCCCCAUCCCCUCUGCACAAACUUCCCAGCCCGGCCGGGCCCUCGGCUGGUGCCUGCCUCAGUUUCCCCCCCCCGGGCCGAUGGCGCCGUGGGUUGUCUUCCUCUGUGUCCGUGCUAUCCUGGCUUUGGAAGAGACACUGCUGGACACGCAGCUGGAGACCUCAGACCUGAAGUGGACGGUGUAUCCUGAGGGGGAAGGGCAGUGGGAGGAGGUGAGCAUGCUGGACCGGGAGCGCCAAGCCUCGGCCCGCACCUUCGAGGUGUGUGGGGGCCCACUGGGCCAGCCCGGCGGCCCCCCCCAGAACAGCUGGCUGCGCAGCACCUACGUGGCACGGCGCGGAGCGGUGCAGGCCUACUUGGAGCUGCGCUUCAGCAUGCUGGAGUGCGCCUCACUGCCCCGCGGCGCCGGCCCAGCCCGGCCCUGCAAGGAGACCUUCACCGUCUUCUACUAUGAGAGUGAGGGUGACACAGCCACAGCGCGCAGCCCCGCCUGGAUGGAGAACCCCUAUGUCAAGGUGGACACCGUGGCCGCUGACCACCUCUCCCGCAAGCGGCCUGGUGCCGAGCCUUCUGGCAAGAGCCGGCUGCCUUUCAAGGCCGUGUCCCCCCCUCAGGUGAACGUGAAGACGCUGCGGCUGGGCCCGCUGAGCAAGGCUGGGCUGUACGUGGCUUUCCAGGACCAGGGGGCCUGCUUGGCGCUGCUGGCCGUGCGGCUCUACCACAAGAAGUGCCCGGGUGCUGUGCGGGGCCUGGCUGCCUUCCCCGAAACACUGCCACGUGGGCUGGUGACGCCGGCUGCUGGGCAUUGCGUGGACCAGGCUGCCCCAGCCCGCCCCAGCGCAGCUCCCACCCUCUAUUGCCAGGAGGAUGGGCGCUGGGCCGAGCCCCCUGCACCUGCCUGCGCCUGCCAUGCUGGUCACCAUGCCGCCGACGCCGCCACUCGCUGUGCAGCCUGUCCUGCCGACACAUUCAAGGCGGCACCGGGGGAGGGGCCCUGCCUGCCCUGCCCCCCCUUCAGCCAUGCACCGGCACCCGGGGCCACAGUUUGCGCCUGCCGCAAUGGCUACUACCGCGCCCCUGCAGACCUGCCGGCUGAACCCUGCACCACACCGCCCUCGGCCCCACGUAGCCUGGUGGCACGCUCUAAUGGGUCGGCGGCAGCGCUGGAGUGGAGCGAGCCGUUGGAGAGCGGGGGCCGCCAGGACCUGCGCUACACUGUGACCUGCCGUGAGUGCCCGCCUGGGGGGGCGCCCUGCCGGCCCUGCCGCCUGCGCCUGCUACCGGGCGCCCGUGACCUGGCACAGACCCGUGUCACCGCACUGGGCCUGCACCCACACCUCACCUAUGCCUUUGUGGUGGAGGCCACCAACGGUGUGUCCGGCCUCAGCCCCGGUGCCCCCCAUGGUGAGGCCAUCAACGUCACCAGCGGGCAGGACGUGCCGCUGCCUGUCUACCCUGUGACACAAGUCUCAGCCUCCCCCACAUCCAUGACCCUGGCGUGGGCCGUGCCGCCCGGAGCCCGUGUGCUGGACUAUGAGGUGAAGUACUACGAGAAGAGCGCAGGGGGGGCCAGUGGGCCCCACCUGUUUGUGAAGACAGCAGCACCGGGGGCGGAGCUGGGGGGGCUGCGCCGGGGGGGACUUUACGGGGUGCAGGUUCGGGCCCGAUCGGAGGCCGGAUAUGGCGACUUCGGAGCCGAGACCCCCCUGGCCACACCUGGCACUGACCCCCCCGGGCAGGCAGAGCCCCUGGGUGCCAUUGCAGGGGCGGCGGCUGUGGGGGGGCUCCUAGUCGUGGCCGUGGUCGUGGUGGCUGUCAUCUGUGUCAGGCGUCAUGGCUCUGGGGGUCGCGACCCUGAGGACUCGGACAAGCCAGGGCAGCUGCUCAUUGGACAGGGCACCAAGGUCUACAUCGACCCAUUCACCUACGAGGACCCGAGUGUAGCCGUGCGUGCCUUUGCCAAAGAGAUAGAUGUGGCCUGCGUCAAGAUCGAGGAAGUCAUCGGCGCCGGUGAGUUCGGUGAGGUGUGCCGGGGUCGGCUGCGGGCGCCGGGCCGACGUGAGACGCGUGUGGCCAUCAAAACGCUGAAGGGUGGCUACACAGAGCGGCAGCGCCGUGACUUCCUGGCUGAGGCCUCCAUCAUGGGGCAGUUCGAGCACCCCAACAUCAUCCGGCUGGAGGGCGUCGUGACGGCCAGUGCGCCUGCCAUGAUCCUCACUGAGUUCAUGGAGCAUGGCGCCCUCGACGCCUUCCUGCGGGGCAAUGCAGGGCGGUUCCGCCCGCUACAGCUGGUGGGGAUGCUGCGUGGCAUCGGGGCUGGCAUGUGCUACCUGGCCGAGACUGGCUAUGUGCACCGGGACCUGGCAGCACGCAACGUACUGCUCAGCGCCCAGCUGGUCUGCAAGGUCAGCGACUUUGGACUCAGCCGCUUCCUGGAGGACGACAGCUCGGCUGACCCCACAUACACCAGCACCCUGGGAGGCAAGAUCCCGAUCCGGUGGACAGCACCCGAGGCCAUCGCUUUCCGCAAGUUCACGUCGGCAAGUGAUGUUUGGAGCUACGGGAUCGUCAUGUGGGAGGUGAUGUCAUACGGGGAGCGCCCCUACUGGGACAUGUCCAACCAGGAUGUGAUCAAUGCAGUCGAGCAGGAUUACCGCCUGCCACCGCCACCCGCCUGCCCCGCAGCACUGCACCGCCUAAUGCUGGACUGCUGGCAGCGCGAGCGCAGCGCCCGGCCCCGCUUCGCCCACCUGGUCCGCGCCCUCGACAAGCUGAUGCGGCACCCGGCCGCCCUGCGCGUCACCACCCCCGAGGGCCCUGCCUCAUCCCAGCCCCUCCUGGAGCAGCGCAGCCCCCCCGCCCCUGCCCCGGGCCCCGGCUCAGUGGGCGAGUGGCUGCGGGCGCUGGGGCUCGGGCGCUAUGAGGACGACUUUGCCCGUGGUGGCCUACGGUCCCUGGAGAUGGUGGCCCAGGCGUCGGCCCAGGACCUGGUGCGGGUCGGGGUGACCCUGCCUGGGCACCAGAAGAAGAUCCUGUCCAGUGCCCAGAGCCUGCAGGGCCAGGCCAAGCCAGAUCCAGCCGGGGAGUCCACGGGGGGGGGCUUCUGACCCCCCCCCAAAAUCCCUGUUGCCCCCCUCUAAAAUGGUUGCCACCUGAGGGAAACCAUGAUGGAUGCCCUUCUUUCAACUGCCAAGAUGGCCAGUCUCCAAUGGGACCCAAGAUGGCUGCCCUCCCCUUCACCAAUUGCAGAGGGACAUUGAAGAUGGCUUUUGGGUGAUCUUUUCAAGAUGAGCGCUGGUUGAAGGGGACGUCCACUAUGGCCGCACCAUCAUCAACUACCAAGAUGGCCACCUGCAUGGCUGGGUCUGCCACCCCGCAUCCGCUGUUUGGCCCCCCCAUCCAAUUGGGGCCAGCCAAGAUGGCUGCUAUGGGGGGUGAAGGCCCCCAAGAUGGCUGCUCAGAUGGGGUCCAAGAUGGCUGCCCUUAUCCCAUCUCCAAAGAUGGCCGCUGUGUGCUCGGGCCUUCCCAUUGGCCACCAUGGUGCUGGACUCCACUGGGAACACCAAGAUGGCCGCCCUCUUCCUGUUGCCUUGUGGGGGUUCCCCCCCACAUACAUACACCAGAAGCCUUAUUGGCCCCCACCCUGGUUGGGGGUGGGCAGUGAUGUCACCUGGUCAGUCAUCAGUGAUGUUACCUACUUGAAACCUGGGGCAGGAGCUUUAUUAUUAUGGACCUAAGACUCCACCCCCUGCCUUAAAGCCAAAGAGUGACCUCGUGGCAGUGAGGUCAUCACUGCUCUGUGAUGUGACACACGUGGAACACCCAGGUAUGAUGUCUUGCGAUCCCCUCCGGGCACCGGAUGAUGUCACCGGGGGAGGGGACCUGUGAUGUUAUCCCCCGUUCAUGCCAAUGAUGUCAUAAGCACUGGGCUGGGACAUAAAGACACUGCCACUCCUGCGUAUGGUGUCAUCACUCCUGACAUCAGCAGGAGAACACCAGCAUGCUGCAGUGAUGUCACAAGAGCCGCCCCUAUGCGGGGUGCUGGGCAAUGAUGUCAUCAGGCACCGACCUCAUCCCUAGCUGUGACAUCAUUGCCUGGGUAACCCAGGAACUCUGGCUGUCUAGGGACAAUGAGGUCAUCACUGGGGGGUGGCCCUGCUGUGCCAGCCCCCCCUGGGGUGUGAUAUCAUGGGUGCAAUCUAGUGAUGUCAUCACAGAGCAGCACCUUUAAGCCUUCAUAUUGAAGGCGAGUUACAUUCUUUGUUGAAAUAAUCGGCGUUUUGUGGGUUGUCCCCCGUUUCCUCUGUAUCGGAGGGGGGGACAUGGGGACCCCCACCCCCUGGUGCCCCUCACUCCCGCCCCCUCAGCCCUGCCUGUGCCCCUCACUCCUGCCGCCAGCCACAGCCCCCCUGCCUCCCAAACCGCCCCUAUGGGGCACCCCAGGGAAAGGGGGUGGGGGCAGGGGUGAGGCCUGCUGGAGCCCCUCCCCCACCCUGUUUGCUGGGAAGUCUCCUGUUUUCUGUUAAAUUAUAAAAACGCCUUUUUUUGUAUAAUAAAAUAACGAGGAAUGGA